AUGGAAACAUUGAAACUGAAAAGUAGUGAUGGUGAUAUUUUCAUUGUGGAUACAAAAGUUGCCUGUAUGAGUAAUUUAUUGACUGAAAUGAUAAAUUGCAUUGAAGCUAGUAAUGAUGAUGAAGUAAUUCCAUUUGAUAAUAUAAAUACACCUAUUUUGAAAAUGGUUAUAGACUACUUGAAUACUGCUCAUUUUUUAGAUAUUAAAAGUUUAGAACAAGUGACAUGUAAGAUGAUUGCUAAUGAAAUUAAGGGAAAAACAACAGAACAAAUUCGUCAGAUGUUUAAAAUUGAAAAUGAUUUUACUCCAGCUGAAGAAGAACUUAAACAUAAUACUGAAUGGGUUAAAGAAAAACUAUUUACAUGUCCUGAUCAUCCCAUUUAA